ACAGUUCCAGAACCUUUCAACUUGAUGGUUUAUUCAUAUAAUCUUAACACAACUUUGCACUGGAACUACAGUAGAAUGGAACUUAAACCUUAUUUCUGUGUGGAAAGAUUAGAAGAAUUAGAAUGGAAGUGGAAGGUUAUUGAGACUUGCCAGAAUAUUUCACAUCGCUACUGUGGCCUUCAUGAGAUAAAUUUAGAUCCUGUAGUCUAUUAUAAAUUUCGAGUUAAAGCUUUAGUUGGAUCUAAUAUAAGUAGUGCUGCAACUAUGGAGUUCAGUUUAAGCAGUGUAGGAACUAUUGGUCCUCCAGAGUUAAAAGUGCACACUGAAGAGAAGAUCAUUGUGAUUGAUAUUUUUCACCCAGAAGUGCCCUCUGUGUAUGAAAUAGAACUUGGAGAGCUUAAUUACAUAGUAUACUAUGGAAAUGAUACUAAGAAGGCAACAGAUUGUGACAUGUCAGCAUGUAAAGUUACAUUUUCUAUUUCGGAUCAAAAGACUUACUGUUUUUCUGCACAAGGUACAUCAGAUUACUUUCUUGGGAUGAUAAUGGAGAAAUCCAAGGAGAUUUGUAUUCAGGAAGAAAAAGAAAUAUCUAUCCAGACUACUGCAAUCAUAAUUGGAGUUACUGUUGGUUUGCUUGCCAUUCUUGCCAUUUUUCUAUUUAUUAUUGUAAGAUGGACAAAAGCCAGGAGUUUGAUGCCACAGUCAUUGAGUUCUGUUGUAAGCAACAUAGUUGCAUAUGCUCAGAUGCAGAAAACAUCCAGAUAUGACAAUGUCUCCACUUCUCCCAUUGAACCAACUGUUGAAGAAAUACCUUACAUGGAGGAAAAGGUCAAGAUAGACACUGAUGUAUCAACUGAUUCUGUUUCCAAAGAAAGUACUGACCCUGGAUACCAAAGUUCGCUCACUGAAAAUGAAGAGAAAACAUACGAAAGAGGAGAUGAACAGUCCAACAACAGCAGUUAUUUCCAUACAGACAGUGGCACGAGUGGUAAUGAUUUUAGAGACACUCCUCUGUCAGAGAAAGAUCAGAAAAUCUCUGAACAUGCACCAGAACCACCUAGGCCAUUAACUAAUUCCUUUGGAUAUGACAAGCCACAUUUUCCAAAAGAAUUAGUCUGA